UGAUAAACACUUGGAUGUUUAUCUCUGUACUGUUGAAUGUUCCCCACCCUCCUACACUCACAUACCUUUUUCUUCGCCUUAUUCGGUUUCGACUUUUCACCACCAGUCGAACAGUAACAGUAAUUCGCAUUAGAUAAACACCGUGCUUCGCACAAUAUGUAAACAAUAAUUAUUUUUCAACAACCUAAUUGUUUUAAAUUUAAUAUUACAUUAAUUCAUUAGGUAUGCUGCAUGCUGACGAGUACCCAUCAUCAUCAUCUGAUUCUUCUCCUUCACCUCAAUUAGAAAAUAUGGAUUUCGAUGCCACGCCGGAAAAGGCAGUAUUUGGCAUAGAUUUAGGCGGAACUCGCACCCGUGUAUCGAUUAUGCGACGAUCAAAAGAUGCUGAAGAUGAAGACGAUUUGGAACCAAUGAUCAUCAAGGAUAUUCCAUCGGUUGUUUCUUUUCUUAAAGAUGGCAAAUGUCUGGUUGGUUGGGCUGCUGCUAAGAGAACAGUCGCUAGUCCUUUAAAUACUUUCCACGCGACGAAACGAUUGAUAGGCAGACGCUACGACGAUCCUGUCGUUCAAGAAAUAAUGAAUCGUUGUGGUUAUAAAAUUCACGAAUACACCGACGGACAAACCUGCUUUCUAAGCAGCAACAGAAACCGAGUAUUGACCGCACCGCAAAUAGAAACUCUCAUUUUAUUAAAACUAAAAGAAUUUUGCGAGAAGGAAUUAAAUACUAUUCCUCUGGAAAAUAUCGUGCUCACUGUACCUCCAUACUUCAACGAUAAUCAAACCCAAGUUAUCAAAGAAGCAGCCUCAAUUGCUGGAUUAAAUGUCUUGGGUGUGAUUAAUACUCCUGUUGCUGCCGUCCUGGCUCAUUCUGAAACCCAUGAAACUUUGCAUGGUAGUAAAACUGUUGUUGUUUACGAUUUUGGCGGCAGUACCUUUCAUGUAACAGUUUUGAAACUUACCGAAGACGCUACCGAUCCUGAAGUGUUAUCUACUCAGGAAGAUUUAUCUUUAGGCGGAGAUGAUAUUGAUAAAAAGUUGGUCGAUUACUUGGUCACCGAAUUGGAACGUCAAACUGGAAUCAAUGCCAGGCUAUUGGGGACCUUGAUGCAAUGCAUUAAAUUGUCUGCCGAAAACGCUAAAAUAGAUCUAUGUGCUUAUCCCGAAGUCGACGUGAAUUUUUGGGCUAUCCGUCUCCCUGGUCUAGAACCGCGAGUUAAACGAAUAACCAUAAAGGUGACCAGAAACCAUUUCGAAGAAUUAAUCGCAGAAUUAAUCAAUAAAACAAUUAGUUUAUGCCAAAAUGCGUUAGAAGAAGCCAAAAUAUCAACGUCAGAUAUCGACGAAGUUUUAGCAAUCGGUGGUACCUGCAAAAUACCAAAGGUACGAGCCACCAUCGAAGAAAUUUUCGGUAAGGAGCCCAUUGGAGGUACAAGGGGCUUCGAUCGUGCCAACUCUGUGGCAGUCGGAGCAGCCAUUCGCGCCCAUGAUUUAAUAUCUGAAAUUUCCAACGUACAACAACCACCCGAUCAUCUGAUCAGCAUUCCAAAACCUGUAAUGGAGGGUGAAACAUUCCAUUAUGAAAUAAUGGACGAUGAACCAGACAUGGAUGCGAUUGCGAUGAAUUGCGUACAAUCAAACAUAAUUACGAUAUACACGGCGGAAGAAGCGGAUUCGUUGCUUUUGAAGGAGUACAACGCCGAUCCAGGAAACUCUACUGCUGACAAAGAUGUCAAUUAUAUUAUAGCAUACGGACAAUUAACGGAAAAGAGGAGAAGUGUGGAUGAAGUGCAUCUACCCCAAGAAUUAGAAGAUAUACUCGAUGUUUACCGACAAGGCAGAGAUAAGUACGUGAAAAAAGAAUUGACUCGUAUGAGUUACCAAGGCGGGCCACGACGUUUUUGGUAAUUUUGACUACUUAAUAUAAUUCUCCGCUAUUUCUGAAAAAUUUUGAAUUUAACUUCGAUGAUUUGAAUUUGGAUAAUUGACUGUUUCGUGUAAAAAGUUUACUAUGGGUACUGUUACGAAUAUAUUUUACAUAAAUACCGUUAAUGACUUCGAUGCGAAUUUCUUGCUGAGGUAAUGUUGUGUCGAAAGUGUAAUGCUGAGCUUGCAGAAACACAUAUGAAAAAUCGCGUGAUAUAACGGUACAUCAAAAAUAUGGAAGGGAAUUCUUUGGCGAAUUAUUUAAUUAUUAUUACCGAGCAAAAUAGUCGAGAAAAAAAAAAGACCAAUGUUAGAAAUUCACACCUCUGUUUUUUUUCAAAUCCUUCCAUAUCUCGUUUUCCAAGUAUUAUUAGAGUUAUGGUAUUUUCGAAGUGAUUUUUUUAAAAUAGUAGAAACAGAUAAAUUUUAUUAUGUUGCACCUGUGGUAAAUUUUAAUGAAUCGAUUUGAAAGUUUGUUGUGUUAAAUGAGUUUUAUUUAAAAGCUGUAAAGAUAUUUAUCUUUAAAUGGUGUCGGAAAUAUUACGUUGUAUUGGCUGUGUUUUACGAAGAAAAUCAAUUUGAAUUUUGUUGUGUCGUUUUGAAUUGAGUUGGAAAUUUUUAAAAAAUCAAAUUGAAGAAAUCUGUGUCCUAUUCGUCGAGGUUUGAAUAUUCGAUUACGGUUCUAAGAUUGAAGAUUGGUUUUGAUUGGUCCAGAUCCCCCCUAACAACUUGGCGCCCAACUACGUCGAAUCCUGUCCUGAAUCAAAGGGUCCAAUUUAUACAGAAGUUGUUAUCUAGUUGUUCAAUCCAGUCCAGAUCGAAUCAAAGGGUCCAAUUUAUACAGAAGUCGUUAUCUAGUUGUUCAAUCCAUUCCAGAUCAGAGGGUCCAUUUUUCCUGUGAAAACUCAAGAUGUCUGGUCAACAUUCAAUCCAGGUAGAAUGAUUUUACGUACAUCAUCGAAUUCGUGAAAUUUGAGAGAAAGUAGAUUGGAAAAUUCUGUGUUCAUGUGUAACUUUACUAUUUACUGAUUUUUGUCCCAAAUUUUUACUUUAUUUACAAUUUUGAAAUUCAUUUUGGUCCCAAAUUUCAAAUUUUAUUUACGUUUUUGAGACUUAUUUUGUACCAAAUUUUAAUGGUAUUUACUUUGCGAUUUAUUUUGUCCCAAAAUUUCAAAUUUAUUCACAUUUUCGUUAUUUAUUGUUUCCCAACUUUGAAUCAGUGUACUUUAAUUGAAAUACGUAAAUUGAGAUAUUUUAUCAGAAUAAUCAUAAUGACCAACGACCAUACAACACUGACGAUAAUCUGCAAAACAAUAACUUCAAAAACAAAAAUGAUGAAAAAUCAGCAGAAACGCAAAAAAACCAAUUAAAUAGGGGUACCAUUUUCACAAUAAAAAAGCGGAGAUGGGGAAGAGGUAGGGCAGAAAAUCUUUUCUGAAAUUGGUAAUGAUGUAAAUAAAAUAAUAAAAAAUAACCCUUCCCUCAAAAUCUCUGAAUAUCAGAUUGUAAAUUUGACUUAGCAAACAAAAAACUAAAUGCAAUAAUCGAAACUGGAUCAUUUUAUUACUUCCUGACAUCUAUCAUGUACGAUUACAAACAUUACAACUGCCAACAAAAAAUAAAAUAAAAUAAAAACUGGAAAUAGAAAAUUAAAAAACUGGAAAUAACAGGGAAAAUGUGAAAAACAAUGACAGAAAUGAAAAUCUUGAACCAAUUGUUGAAAUGAAACGCCAAAAUGAUAAAAAACUGCGAAAAUCAAACAAUCACGUGAGGUAAAGAACAUUGAGAAUGGUGAAAAUGAGAAAUGGGAUGAAAAUGUAAACAAUGAAAAAGUAAAUGAUGAAAACUAUGAAAAAAAAAAUAUUGAAAAAAAAAGUGUGAGAAAGAGAUUAAAAGGGAAAAAUGAAAUAAGGAAAAAGUGUGAGAAAUGAAAAAGUGAAUUUAUUGAAUGGGAAAAAUACUACAAAUUUGGAAAAUUUGAAUGAAUGAAAAAAUAAAAAAACAAAAAACAAAUGAGGAAUUAUUAACAACGAAAAUGAGGAAGAAUAUUAACAACCUGAAAAAUUUAUUCUGGGAAUAUUUACGAAAAAUUGUUCAAAUUAACAAGGACAAAUUCUCUGAAUCUGAUUUGGCGAUUAGGUAAGGGAAUAAGAUGAGGGCCGCGCGCCAACGCAACCCAAAUCCUAAAUAAUUGUUUAACAGAACAAUAAUAACUACGUGUAAUAUUAUCAGAAUGAUUAACACAUGAAAGAAAAGGUCAAAGUCAGUAUUUUCUUAUGUUUGGGAAGCAUGCCACCCUACCAAUUCAAAAUAAAUACACCCUAGGGUGAAAAAAUUGAUAGAACGGACAAAGCUUCUCAGACUACAUGAAUUACGAGACAAAGUACUAAAGUGGAUUGAAAAAAAAAAAAAAAAUGAAAAAUGAAAAGAAAAAAAAAUAUAAAUUAGUUCUCAUGUUGAUUGUUCAUAUAUGUACUCAAGAAAAAAUUGGUUUUUGAGCGGAAAAAAAUCUCAUACAACAAAUUUACCUAUUUUAAUGACCCUAAAGAUGUUAUUUAUUAUUGUACUGUCAAAUCAUUUUAUGUAUGUUCACAAAACUUAUAGAUAUUGACCCUGAGUCUCAUUUUAUUGAAAACUUAUGUACCUAUGUAUGUAUGUACUUUUACUGAUAUGGUGAAUUCUUGUUUCCUUCAUUGUAUAUGCAAUAUAUUUACAUGUCUUAAUCAAAUUUAUAUAUAAAUCAGAAAUCAAAAACCCCAAAGCAAACCAGCCUUUAAGAUUAACAUAUUAAGCUGCAAUUUUUGUAUUGGAAAAUGUGUCAAUUUAUUUUUAUAUAUUUAUUGAAUUGGGAAAACUAUAUUUUAAAUUAUUGUAAAAAAACGAGAAAUGGAAGAUGAUAAAGUUUGGUCACAAAAUCAAAAAUCAAAAAAUUUAUACAUAAGCUCGAGGUCGAGCUUCUCUGAAAAGGGGGGGAAUUUGUUACGAAUAUAUUUUACAUAAAUACCGUUAAUGACUUCGAUGCGAAUUUCUUGCUGAGGUAAUGUUGUGUCGAAAGUGUAAUGCUGAGCUUGCAGAAACACAUAUGAAAAAUCUGUGAUAUAACGGUACAUCAAAAAUAUGGAAGGGAAUUCUUUGGCGAAUUAUUUAAUUAUUAUUACCGAGCAAAAUAGUCGAGAAAAAAAAAAGACCAAUGUUAGAAAUUCACACCUCUGUUUUUUUUCAAAUCCUUCCAUAUCUCGUUUUCCAAGUAUUAUUAGAGUUAUGGUAUUUUCGAAGUGAUUUUUUUAAAAUAGUAGAAACAGAUAAAUUUUAUUAUGUUGCACCUGUGGUAAAUUUUAAUGAAUCGAUUUGAAAGUUUGUUGUGUUAAAUGAGUUUUAUUUAAAAGCUGUAAAGAUAUUUAUCUUUAAAUGGUGUCGGAAAUAUUACGUUGUAUUGGCUGUGUUUUACGAAGAAAAUCAAUUUGAAUUUUGUUGUGUCGUUUUGAAUUGAGUUGGAAAUUUUUAAAAAAUCAAAUUGAAGAAAUCUGUGUCCUAUUCGUCGAGGUUUGAAUAUUCGAUUACGGUUCUAAGAUUGAAGAUUGGUUUUGAUUGGUCCAGAUCCCCCCUAACAGUACCUAUACUGCGAUGGUUAACAUUUUUUUUUUUUUUUAAUAUUGAAAAACUGUUGUGAAAUCUAAGUAAUAUUUUUAAUGAUUUUAUUUCGAAGCUUCGCUGUAUGCUAAGAAGAUUCUAUGUGUUGUGUGUUCAAUUUUUUAAUCAACCAGUUUUUGUAAUUUGAAUUUUAAAACGUGAAUGUGAAUAUUAUUCUUAAUUGCAAAAUGGUGGCCAUGUUUUGAUAAUUUAUAUACUCGAGGCUCGAGCUUUACCAAAAAUGUACAAAGUGAAUUUUUUAAAUGUAUUUUUAGUAAUCAACGGUAUGUGUAUGUGUAAUCCUAACUCAAACAAGUUACAUGCCAAAUUAAAUUAUUUUUUUGAUUUUCAUAA